UAACUGGAGCAUGAUCAUCUAAAAUAUUCCUCAUGAUGGUAUUGAGGGUUUCUAUAUUAAAAGGGGAACUAAUAGCAAGAGCAUCACGAAAGUCACAUUGAAACUGGUGUAAAUUUAUAUCGUUCAGAUGCCGGAAAUUAACUGUUUUUAUUUCUUUCCUUGGUCUUUUGAUGUUCAAGUCAACAAUAAGAAGGUAAUGAUCCGAAAUGUCUUUGUCCAGAACGUUUAUGCCUUUCACACAGUUCUUUUCAAUAGGAGAGAUAACCCAGUCUAGGAUGUGCUGACUUUUAUGUGUUGAUACUUUUUUCCAGGUGUGCCGUGGGGGUAUGGGCCGAGAUUUCCUCUCCGUCAGUUUUGAAUCUAAGGACCUGAGUGAGAGAGGUCAUGUACAUUUUUACCAGCUGCUUACCGACCCACAGGAGGUCCUUCUCCGCCUCAAGACUGUGACCACAGUGGAAGGAUUCGACCCCAAAUCUAUAGCCUGGAACAGUUACUGCAAUGAGUUGGUCGUCGCCAGCAUGGGCAAGGUGCACACGAUCAACGGCGUCUUCGAGGACCCGAGGCCUGCGGUAGACAUCCUCAUACCAAGCUUUGGUCUGAAUGUCGACAGGAGGUCUAUUCCUUUCAGCGAGGGAGCAAUAAAGGGCGCGGGUGUGAGGGAGGUGUUCACGAAGUGUGACUCAGGCUCUCACACCGCCGUCUCCACACACGUACAAGACAUAGAGCCUGUCCACGUGACCGUGGACGAGAACAACGUGGCUUACAUGCUCUUCCAGACAAACAACGCCAUCGGAAGAAUGGAUCUCAAAGAUCCGUUUGCUCCCAUGACCUACCACAAUCUGGGCAUGAAGAGCUGGGAGCAGAUGGCUAUGGACACCAGCUAUGAAGAUGGCGGUAUUAACCAAAACCCACACGUCAUAAACAGUCUGUACCAGCCUGGGCACGCCGUGGCCUUCACCUUCGCCAACAAGACCUGGCUGGCCACAGCGGACGGCGGGAGGAUCAAACAGUACUCCGUGAGGAGCGGGUCUACCACUCUGUGUAACUUCGACGAGAGUGCCGAUGGACGGUCGUGGAAACAAGCAUUCACAAGCAUGGUGACUCAAAACACGGCCGCUGAACUCCAGGCAAACCUCACCACUGUGACAUCCCGUAUGCGAUUCAGUCGACUGAAAUCUAUUCAAGACGGUUACAACCCCUUGCAAAUGGGCUACGACUACCUACUCACCUACGGCGGACGUGGCUGGUCCCUGAUGGAUGCUGUUUCCAUGCAGCGAGUCUACGACAGCGGAGACCUCCUGGAGACCUUCUACACCAGCACCAAUGUCAAGGACAACCAGAAGGCCAUGUACAACAAUUACUACACGAGUGCCACUCACACUCAGACGCAGAAUGCGGACAGGACAUCUCCUAUGUUUGGUCCAAACCCAACAGCCAUCGCCACUGGAAACAUCAACGGUACCCAAGUUGUGGCCGUUGCCAACGGCUACGUAGGCGGCCUUUACUUCUUCAGUAUCACCGGCAAUAGCACCCAGGGGCCUGACGUGGCGUUUGAGGGCUUUGAAAGACGUGGCAGUCCCGGCCUGACGUGGACUGAGAGCUAUAAGCUAGACACUGACGCCGUGGGGGAGCCGGGGAUUACAGACCUCAUCUGGAUCAGUGACGCUGGGCAGAACGUGGUGGCCGCAGUGAGCAGUAUUGCCGGCGCUGUCAGCUUCUACUCAGUCGACGUCAUGCUCUGAGUCAUGAUCUGAGUCUGCAGAAUAAUAAAUGAACACUCUACAGAAACAAAUAAAGUCCCUGUUACAGACAGUACGGUUGCA